UCCAUAAUUAUCUUACUGAUAUUUUUGCACCCCCCUCCAAAAGAUGUCAGCAUCCUACUGUCCUUAUUCUCCAGGAGAAAUCCCGUAGUUCAGACUCAGUGGAACACACUUAACGAUACCGUGUUGCCAAAUGCAAAAAUGUCAUGUCCGAAUAACAUAGCUCCCGGUAACUUCCUGAUGGAUUCCUUAAUGGGAGGAUCAUCUUCCUUCAGAGGUGAGGGUUAUUCCAGCAACCCCGGGAUGUACAUCCACACAGCUGCAGAGUACGGAUAUUCAGUGAUGAGAAACAUUGGGAAGGUUGGACCAUCUUCACUCCCCAAAAGAGACGAGGUUCCUCCGGGCGGUGUGUCGCUCAGCGGCUUCCAGGAUGCGUCCUACCUGUCAACACAGCUGGCCACAUGGACCCCAGGCUCAAAAACCAGUAGGGACGAACAACCUGUUGCCCAGUGUUUACAACCCUGCUUGUUUCCAGCGGGCAACGUCAAAGAGGAGGCGUGUUGUUGCCUCUAUCAGGAUGACAGCAAUAAGGCCAAAGAGACAACAGACUCGGCCACUUACAUCCGGCUCGGAGACAAUAGCUCCCGGCCUGAGCAAACCGCCUCGUCCAGUGGCUGUUUCCAGGUGUUCAACGGAGAGAGGCCGCAGCAAGACGAGCAGCAGUUCUCCGGCUUCUCUCUUACCCACUUGGCGACAUCUGUUGACUCAGAAUCGACACUAAAUUGCAGUAAAUCGGCGCAGGAUACAGCGAGAGAGGUUUUAAACACAGAUGAGAGUCAGAGCAGGAAGGAAGAGAAGACCAAGAGUGACAGCUGCUCAGAUAACUCGGACGGGGAAUUAAAAGAUGAUUUAUCCGCGGAAAAGACACCGGGAAGCUGGUUAAAAGCCAAAAGUGGAAGGAAGAAGCGCUGCCCCUACACAAAGCACCAGACGCUGGAGCUGGAGAAGGAGUUCUUGUUCAACAUGUAUCUGUCUCGGGAGCGCCGCCUGGAGAUCAGCCGGAGUAUCAACCUGACCGACAGACAGGUCAAGAUCUGGUUCCAAAACAGACGCAUGAAGCUGAAGAAGCUUAGCAGGGAGAGCCGAGAAAGGGGGCACAAUGCAGUUUUUAACUAUUCCUGAGGACAUUUAAACCACACAUACACUCACACACAUACACUACCCACACAUAUGCAUUUACAUGACAGGUAUAUACAGACAUGCAUGUGUAAUCUUAUGCAUUCAGUAGGCUAUCAUAUGCUAUCUAUCUAAUUUAUAUGCACACUUACACGCUAAACAUACACCGAACACACAUUCACAUAUCCACAGCGUAUACCUUGAACUCGCUGCAGAGUGAACACUUGCAACAGCGUUGGAACGAUGAGGUGCAAUUACCUUCCGAUGAUAAUUAUAAUAUAACAUGAAGCAAACGAAAGGAGGAGGCAAUACCAAUCAGUCUAUAAAUAACUCUUGGCAUUUAAGCAGUUUUAUUUCGCUGAGAUAUAAUGAAUGUUAAGCCACUUGUGCCGCUUCUUCGUUGGCGUCUGUUGCUCUGGCAUAGCCGUGCAAUGUAAUGUGCAUGCACAAGACGAUAUGAAGCUCAUGGCAAACCAUUCAAAAACAAUAAAAGGAGGGGGAAAUGGAAAGGUAUUACCAACUUUGUCCUUCCCCUGGCAUAGUGGUGCAAAUGAGAGGGAGGGAGAGACACUGCGGAUGAGAAAAGGUAGAUCAUGGCAGUUUUAAUAGAAGAGAGAGACCAUAACGUUGAUUUAAAUAUUAUCCAGGUGACCACAGUAAGUCAAGGUCAUAAAAUUAUAAUGUCAGGUUCGCCCUGGAAAGCGUUGGGGGUGGAUUUUAUGAUCUGCAAAUAUAAUGUGCUGCAGCAGUAAAGAUGCGUGUAAAGGUGUGUGGAGGAAGGCUAAUUCACACAGCAGAGACUGCAAUGUGCAGGAUCCAGCCGGGGCGCUGGGCUGGAAGAAGCAGCUGCCUCCACCCAGGAUAAUGGAUCUUCAUGGGAGCAGGAGAUAAGAAAGAUGGUGGAUAAAAGGGACCGCGACGGCUGCAGGAACAAUAACAACAGGCAUCACGGCAAACACGUGGAUAACUAAACACACCGGGAAAGCGUCUGUAGGAAGCGAGUGAAGAGGGAUCUUCGGGACAGUCACCGCCUCUCCAGCCGCUGCGUGUAUCCCCCCCGGAGGCAAUAAAGCCGCGACUGGGAAGGAAAAAAGGAGCCAUGCUAGAAAAGACUUUUCUCGGCAAACAGACAGCCUGCCUCCACGGGCUCCUUAUCGCCAGGGUGUGAAGACAGUACGCGGGAGAUGUGCACUCUGUUGAUAUUUCCCUCUCACCAUCGUGACCCCUCAGCUGCUCUGUUGGACCACAGCGAAGCCACAAACUACGGCGAGCCUAUCUGGGGCAGUCCAUCGGGUCAAAUUGAAUGCAUGGGACCGUGGAUUUAUCAGUAAAGAAAUGCAGGCUGUUCAAAGCAAUGUUGUCUGAAGAAAUAUCGCAAAAGCUUCUUUCGGCGCCCCAAAUUGCCAGCGGAAUACUUUUGAAGUCCAGAGCUCUGCCAUUGGAGGACGGUCACACGUGACUAUACGGCACCCUUCUGGUUGAACCCAGGUGAACAGUUCGGGUGCCCACUGGAGCCUCUGGUUCACUGCCAUGCCAAGGGCAGGCAGGACAUGAAGAG